GGGAGGAGAGAAGGAGCAGGUGCAGGAUAGGUAGCUCCUUACUGGGAUCUGGUAAAGAGAGAAGGAUUCCCUUCCUAGUUAGAAGGACUCCACUGAUAUCUGGAAUGAGCACAAUGGUGUCCUUUUUAAUUUCACUCACAAGAUGAAACCAGCGUGCAGAGAAGUGAGGAAACAAUUUCAAAUGAAGAGAUAUUUUCCUCUUCAUAAAUUGUUUUUCAAAUCAUGGUUGGAUGAACGUCACACAGGCAGUUCCCUGGGUUUUGACAAGUCUAUUGAAUGACUGACUGCAUUUGAGCCAGAAGCUGUGUUGCCUGAACACAAAUCCUCUAAUGACGAUUUGAAAGCAUCUAUAAUCAGAACUCAAUGGCACUCUCGGACUCUUCUUGGAAGGACCCAUGGACUGUACGUAUAUUACCUUUGACCCAUGUGGAUACCACUGCUCUCUAGAAACUCUCCUCACUUCAGAUGUGUGCGCGCAACGGCACACAAGGUAGGAUAAGCCCACAGCAUGGGUUUUCAGGGGUUUGUACCUUUUGGUCUUUGGAAUUGGUUGCUAUUGCUAGUGGCCCUCAAGUGUUCUGAAGCAUCUUCUGAUAUGAAUGAAUUCACAAAUUCCACUGCCCAGCGUGAACCUAAUGUUCAGUUUGCUGCUGCCAGCUCAGAGCCAGAUGAGAAGAUAGCUGUUUUUGCACUGGAUUAUGACUACGUGCAAAUUCCUUAUGAGGUCACCCUCUGGAUACUUCUAGCAUCCCUUGCAAAAAUAGGCUUCCAUCUUUACCACAGAUUGCCAGGCCUCAUGCCGGAAAGCUGCCUCCUUAUCACCGUUGGGGCUCUGGUGGGUGCCAUCAUCUUUGGCACCGACCAUAAAUCACCUCCGGUCAUGGAUUCGAGCAUCUACUUCUUAUAUCUCCUUCCACCCAUUGUCCUGGAGGGCGGUUACUUUAUGCCCACCCGGCCCUUCUUUGAGAACAUCGGCUCCAUCCUGUGGUGGGCAUGUCUGGGGGCCCUGAUCAACGCCUUUGGCAUUGGCCUCUCCCUCUACCUCAUCUGCCAGAUCAAGGCCUUUGGCCUCAGUGACGUCAACCUGCUUCAGAACCUGCUGUUUGGCAGCCUGAUCUCAGCUGUGGACCCGGUGGCCGUGUUGGCUGUGUUCGAGGAGGCGCGUGUGAACGAGCCGCUCUAUAUGAUGAUCUUUGGGGAGGCCCUUCUCAAUGAUGGCAUUACUGUGGUCUUAUACAACAUAUUAAUUGCCUUCACAAAGAUGCAUAAAUUUGAAGCCAUAGAACCUGUUGACAUUUUAGCUGGAUGUGCCCGAUUCGUUAUUGUGGGGGUUGGGGGAGUAUUUUUCGGCAUCAUUUUUGGAUUCAUUUCUGCAUUUAUCACACGUUUCACUCAGAAUAUCUCUGCAAUUGAACCACUCAUCGUCUUCAUGUUCAGCUAUUUGUCUUACUUGGCGGCUGAGACCCUCUAUCUCUCUGGCAUCCUGGCAAUCACAGCCUGCGCCGUGACAAUGAAAAAGUAUGUAGAAGAAAACGUGUCCCAGACAUCCUACACGACCAUCAAGUAUUUCAUGAAGAUGCUGAGCAGUGUCAGCGAGACCCUGAUCUUCAUCUUCAUGGGCGUGUCCACCGUUGGGAAGAACCACGAGUGGAACUGGGCCUUCAUCUGCUUCACGCUGGCCUUCUGCCAGAUCUGGAGAGCCAUCAGCGUGUUUGCUCUCUUCUAUGUCAGUAACCAGUUUCGGACUUACCCCUUCUCCAUCAAGGACCAGUGCGUAAUUUUCUACAGCGGUGUUCGAGGAGCCGGAAGUUUUUCACUCGCAUUUUUGCUUCCUCUGUCUCUUUUUCCUAGGAAGAAAAUGUUUGUCACUGCUACUCUAGUAGUUACAUAUUUUACUGUAUUUAUUCAGGGAAUCACAAUUGGCCCUCUGGUCAGGUACCUGGAUGUUAAAAAGACCAAUAAAAAAGAAUCCAUCAAUGAAGAGCUUCAUAUCCGUCUGAUGGAUCACUUGAAGGCUGGAAUUGAAGAUGUGUGUGGGCAAUGGAGCCACUACCAAGUGAGAGACAAGUUUAAGAAGUUUGAUCAUAGAUAUUUACGGAAAAUACUAAUCCGAAAGAACCUGCCAAAAUCAAGCAUUGUUUCUUUAUACAAGAAGCUGGAAAUGAAACAAGCAAUUGAGAUGGUAGAGACUGGGAUGCUGAGUUCUACAGCCUUUUCCGUACCUCAUCAGGCCCAGAGGAUACAAGGAACCAAAAGGCUUUCCCCUGAAGAUGUGGAAUCCAUGAGGGACCUUCUGACACACAACAUGUACCAAGUUCGACAAAGGACCCCAUCCUACAACAAAUAUAGCCUCAAACCCCAAACAAGUGAGAAGCAGGCUAAAGAGAUUCUGAUCCGCCGCCAGAACACCUUAAGGGAGAGUAUGAGGAAAGGUCACAGCCUGCCGUGGGGAAAGCCGGCUGGGACCAAAAACAUCCGCUACCUCUCCUUUCCCUAUGGCGAUCCUCAGCCAGCCAGAAGAGACAGGAGGGCUGCUGAGUUCACAGACAAUGACAGCAGUGAUUCAGAAUUCCCAUCCAUCACGUUCAACGUACACUCUCGAACAGGGUUGCUUCAAGACAGACACCUGACACAAGAAAUAAUCCCGAUGAAGAGCUUACACAGAGGAAGGAGGCCAUCUGACUUCAGUUAUCAAAGACAGAGAAGCCGAGAAGAGCAUGUUGGUGGAGGCAGAAGGGCGGCUUUAAGGCCCAAACCACUGUUUCAUGCAGUCGAUGAGGAGUAUGAAUCUGAAGAGGAGAGUGAGCAAGAUGUCUCAGUGAUUGGGUCCAGACAGUCACCUGAGCACAGACCUAGCAGGGAACACUACAAGUCCCACAGCCCUUUGCUUCGAAGAAAAUAGUUUUAUUGUCUGCAGGAACGUUUCUGUGUUUUUCAGGAGCCUGUCUUCCUGUUAUUGUGAAAGAAGGAUUUUCAGAGUUCUGAAGAAAGCUAUUGAGUUGACUUUUUUGGAAGAUAUCAGACAUGCAUCUAUACGAGGCAGGGAGAUUUUUCAGAGGCCUGAGAGCAGCUUGUAGGCUCUGCCACAUUCGUAGCUGGUGUACUUUGUAGAUGAAUUCCCUGUGAGUGAUAGAUGUUAAUCCCCCCCAAAAUUCUUCACUAAGAAUUCCUAAGAGUGUGUGAUCCAUGUAACUUAUUGAGAUACAAAAGUGAUUUGUCAGUAAUUCACCUUCAGCAUAUGCCUGUGCACCCCGUAAUCAAGUUAGAGCUAGGAGGGGCCUUAGAAAUGGCCUGGCCCAACCCCCUGUGUUUACAGAUAAAGACACUUAGCCCAAGGUCAUGUGGGGAGUUGCUGGCUUCACAAGCUGAUUGUCCUCUCUCCCAAGUGAAUGCAUUCGAUUUCAAUUUUGAUAUGAUAUAAUAAUUAUAUUUCUGAAGAGAGGCAAAAUUUGUCAUAACAUUGCUAU